UUUCUCCGUCUCAAGAGUUCGUGAGUUAGUUCCGCCGCUCGUUCUCAUCUUCUGAAGCCUAAGCCAGCUACACCUUCCUCCUUCCUUCCGCCAGCAGCCGUGUCAUUGCGACUCCGCCACCAUGUUCGAGGCGCGCCUGGUCCAGGGCUCCAUCUUGAAGAAGGUGCUUGAGGCGCUUAAGGACCUCAUCAACGAGGCCUGCUGGGACAUCAGCUCGAGCGGCGUGAACCUGCAGAGCAUGGACUCGUCCCAUGUCUCUUUGGUGCAGCUCACCCUGCGCUCCGAGGGCUUCGACACGUACCGCUGCGAUGGCAACUUGGCCAUGGGCAUGAACCUCACCAGCAUGUCCAAAAUACUGAAAUGUGCUGGCAAUGAAGACAUCAUUACAGUAAGGGCUGAAGAUAAUGCGGACACCUUGGCACUUGUAUUUGAAGCUCCAAAUCAAGAAAAGGUUUCAGACUAUGAAAUGAAGUUAAUGGAUUUAGAUGUUGAACCACUUGGAAUUCCAGAACAAGAGUACAGCUGUGUAGUAAAGAUGCCUUCUGGUGAAUUUGCACGUAUAUGCCGAGAUCUCAGUCAUAUUGGAGAUGCUGUUGUAAUUUCCUGUGCAAAAGAUGGAGUGAAAUUUUCUGCAAGUGGAGAACUUGGAAAUGGAAAUAUUAAGUUGUCACAAACGAGUAAUGUUGAUAAAGAAGAGGAGGCUGUUACCAUAGACAUGAAUGAACCAGUUCAGCUAACUUUUGCACUGAGGUACCUGAACUUCUUUACAAAAGCCACUCCACUCUCUCCUACAGUAACACUCAGUAUGUCUGCAGAUGUACCCCUUGUUGUAGAGUAUAAAAUUGCUGAUAUGAGACAUUUAAAGUAUAUUUGGCUCACAAGAUAGAGGAUGAAGAAGGAUCUUAGACAUUCUUAAAAUUCAAGGAAAUAAAACUAAGCUCUUUGAGAACUGUUUCUGAGAUGCUAGCACAUACUUAAGUCUGUUUUGUCUUUGUACCUCUGAGUACAU